AUGGCUGCAUUUGCACUAUGUUACAGAGUCCCUUACAAGAACACAUGCAUAGUUCUUGGAAGAGAUUCUUUGCACAAAAGCGCGACGAAACUACGUGUUCAGUGUUCAUUGGAGUCUAGUUCUGUUAAGAAGAAACUAAGAUCAUUAGAUUCUUAUUUUGGAAAACUGCAACAUGAUACAAAGUUACAUGAUUCUGAUACAUUUAAUGAGGUGACGAAGGUGCACCAAGGAAAUGGAUUGGAGCCUCUUGAUGAGUAUCUUGGCAAACUAAAUAAUGGCAUAAACCAAGAACCUCUCGGGGCAUCUUAUGUUGAAAAUCUUAAGGAUGAAAUUUUAGCUCCAAAACAAAAUCUCAGCCAAGAUACUCAAAGAACAAACUUUAGGAAACCAAAUACUUAUGUGAAUUUAAGAAGAACAAAAGGUGUCAGUGGUUCAGUAUCUGCUAUAGAUUCACAGCAGCUUAAUGAUACCUCAAGCCUUUACCUCAUUGGUAUAUUAGCAUCAGUGAACAUUGCGGUGUUUCUAUUUGAAAUAGCAAGUCCUGUAAAGAGUAAUGACUUAGAGCUGUUUUCACUUCCAUUACUAUAUGGAGCAAAGAUAAAUGAUUUGAUCAUGGUUGGAGAAUGGUGGAGGCUUAUAACACCAAUGUUUCUGCAUGCAGGAAUAUUUCACUUGGGUCUAAGUUGUUGGGCCCUUGUAUCAUUUGGGCCUCAAGUUUGCAAAAGCUAUGGUUCACUUACAUUUUUCUUGAUCUACAUAUUGGGUGGAGUUUCUGGAAACAUCGCAAGUUUUCUACAUACACCAGAUCCAACUGUUGGCGGGACUGGACCUGUAUUUGCAAUAAUUGGUGCUUGGCUCAUUUACCAAUUUCAAAAUAGAGAUGUUAUUGCAAAUGGUGAUUCUGAGAAUCUAUUCAAGAAGGCAAUAAUUAUUACAACUCUUGGUUUCAUAUUAUGCAACCUUGGUCCAGUUGAUGAGUGGUCUCACUCAGGCGCAACUUUCACAGGCAUGGUAUAUGGUUUUCUGACUAGUUCAACUCUUCAGCUUGAUAAUACAUUGCCACAAACCGGUGAAGAAGGACUCAAACUAGUUAAAAAAUACGGUGGUUCUUUCAAAUCACUAAUUAUAUUCACUAUAUCCAUUGGUGUUUUAACAUCGCUACUUUUGUUUAUGGAUCCCCCUCUAGAUGCAUUGGCAUCUGUUGAUGAAGCAGCUGUUGUUGCCUUAGAAUAUAUGUCAAUUUUUUGUUGA